AUGGCCUUGUCAAGACUCAGCUUUGACUCAACUCAGCUCAGGACACUCCAAGAAGGAGGGAAACACUUCUUGAGGGCUCUUCACACGUUACAAAGUCUAAGAAAGAAGGCUUUUGUGAGUGCUGUUCUGGGUUUUAUACAUGGAGAGAUACAAGCAGAAGACAAUGUUUCUUCAGUGGUGCAGUUCAUACUCCUGGGAUUCUCUGACCUUCCGAACCUCCAAGGAUUACUAAUUUGGGUAUUCUCUCUCAUCUACAUGAUUAUCUUAAUGGGAAAUAGCCUCAUAAUAGUAAUAACAAGGCUCGACCCUGCACUGCAGAAACCCAUGUAUUUUUUCUUGGCAAACUUUUCCUUCCUGGAGAUCUGCUAUGUUUCAGUCACUCUCCCUAGGAUUCUGGUGAACCUGUGGACUCAGGAUAGAAGCAUUUCUCUGCUGAGCUGUGCUGCCCAGAUGUGCUUCUUCCUUAUUCUGGGAGCUGUGGAAUGUUUCCUGCUGGCAGUGAUGGCCUAUGACCGCUAUGUAGCCAUCUGUAACCCGCUGCACUAUCCUCUCAUCAUGAACCAAAAGGCGUGUAUCCAGAUGGCAAUUGGUUCUUGGAUAAGUGGAAUCCCAGUACAGAUAGGACAAACAUGUCAAAUAUUCUCUCUGAAUUUCUGUAAUGCUAACAAAAUCAACCACUUCUUCUGUGAUGUACCCCCCAUGAUCAAGCUAGCUUGUGGGGACACAUCUCUGAAUGAGAUGUCCGUCUAUUUAGUGGCUAUGGUAUUUGUUGCAGUCCCUUUUUUGUUGAUACUUGCCUCUUACAGCAAAAUUAUUUCUACCAUUCUGAAGCUUCCUACAGCCAAAGGAAGGGCUAAAGCCUUCACCACAUGUUCUUCUCACCUCCUGGUUGUGCUUUUAUUCUUUGGCUCUGCUACCAUUACUUACCUACGACCAAAAUCUAGUCAUUCUGCGGGGGUUGACAAACUACUAUCUCUUUUCUACACCAUUGUGACUCCGAUGUUUAAUCCCUUGAUAUACACCCUUAGGAACAAGGAUGUGAUUGCAGCGCUAAGAAAGUUAUUGCUCAUAAAAUAG